UGGUUUAUCCUCCUCCAGCUAAUUGCCAUACGGAGGCCACAUUACCAAGGACCCCAAAGACAAGUUCAGCUAAUUAAUAGCGUCAUAAACUUAUCUACGGACUAAAGGUAAAGUGAGUUUAGGAAGAACGAAGAUAUGUUAGAGUGAAAGACAGAAGUAGUCGUGUUAGAAAGAUUGCAUAGGGAAAGCAGACAGGAUUACACUUGAUGUUAGGAGGUGCAAUUGGUUGAAAACAUACACUUAAUUAGGUCACCUAAUUAAUGUAUACGGAUCAACACAAAUACUAAUGGUUAUACUAUAUUGUCUUCUUGUGAUAAAUGCCUUCGGAUUUUCAACUUCUCAAAGUUCAUCGAUUUGGCCUUCAAAAUCUUCAAUAACAAUCCAACCGACAGUUGCAAUCGCUGGAACUAUGGCACCAUUAGAAACUCCUACUCCUGUCAUUGUAACGUUUCCACCAACAGAAAAACUAGCAUGCGAUUCAAACCCAUGUUUUAACGGUGCAACGUGUACAAAUCUUUUUCCAAGAAAUACAAAUUAUAAAUGCGACUGUGCAAAUGGUUGGACGGGUGUUAACUGUGAUUUUUCUACAAGUGGUUUUAAAGCAAAAACUGGAGUUCAAUAUUUCAAAGUAGAGAACUUCACAAUCUCAUCAACUUCAUCAGUAAAUAUAGUAUAUCUUCUAUUUGAUAACUCAACUGACUUGUUUAAAGAAACGUGCGACGUAUUUAAAACUAAUCUAAACAACACUAUUUCUGCAUCUGAUCCGAGUAUUUUACUAUUAAAUCUGAGAUGCUUAAGUUUUACAUUUUCAAGUUAUUACUACGUUACCUAUAUAAUGGACUUCCCCACGAGUAACAAAAUUUCAACCCAACGUUUAUUAAAAGCUAUUGACAGUGGAAUUCAACUUCAUCAGAACAAAAAUCUUACGGCUGGUUUAGUGUAUAAUAGUACUUUAAUUGAAGAUUUAGACGAAUGUCAAAACUCUCCUGGCUACUGUCAUCCAUCUGCAAUAUGCUCAAACAAUAUAGGUGGGUACACAUGUCAUUGUCCUAUACGCUACAUUAUGCAAUUCAAUGGACAAUGCCAGGAAACAACAACAAAUUCAAACAAUAUGUUAGCUAUACUUUUACCAACAGUAUGUGGAACGUUUCUUUUGUUUGUUGUUGCAUUGUGUUUAUUUAUAGCAGUUCGUCGUAAACGUGCAUGUGAUGGUUUAACAAAAGUAUGAAUUACGAAAAACCCAGGUUUUACAUUUGGUAACCACCAUCAUUCGCCGCAAACGAAUUUACUUAUUUAUUUGUAAGUAAAAGGUUUGCGUACAAGAAAAGGUAUGCGAUCCUUGUGAGAUUAAUUGAUAUGAAAGAAACAAAUACUGUUCCAAAAUGUUUCCGAAUUUCGUUGAAUACAUUUUUGUUGAAUACAUAAUGUUGGUUGAAUCAUCAUUGAGUGGAUUUCUGCUGAUUUAACAAAAUGCAUUUAUUGAUAAAGCACAAAGUUCUCACUGAUAGCUUGAAGAUUUAACAUCUCGCUUGAACCCAAUCAAUUGUUUUUUAAUUAGUCUGUAUAUACUUAUGAUAAUUUUAUAUG